AUGUAUCGAGCAGCAGGACCUGGCAGCCAAAGAAGAGAUUUGAAGCCAUGGAUGAUUGCUCUUCUUCUUCUGUUAUCACUGACAGUGGUGGCAGUGACCAUUGGUCUUCUGGUUCACUUCUUGGUCUCUGACCAAAAAAUGGAGUAUUAUCAUGGCACCUUCAAAUUUUCAGAUCUACGAGUCAAUAGCAAUUCUGGACAAACCAGCACAUACCAAUUUAAGGACUUGUGGGAGAUAACUGAGAAUUUGGUGGAUGAGAUACUUAUAAAUUCAGCCUUGAAAAAGCAUUAUAUCAAGAACCAAGUGGUCAGACUUACUCCAGAGGAAGGUGGUAUGAAAACAGAUGUCGUUAUGGUGUUCCAAUUUCCCUCUGCUGAGCAAAGAGCAGGAAGAGAGAAAAGCAUCCAGAGCAUCUUACAUCAGAGGAUAAGGAACACAAGAGCCCUGCCAACACCUGCCUUGUCAGUUCAACAUAAUGUAAUGAGCUCAUCAACAGGGAAGCUAACUUUCCAAGCAUGAUGUGGUAAAAGAGUUGUUCCACUGAUAGUCAACAGAAUAAUGUCUGGAGACCUUGCAGCCAAGUCUGCCUGGCCUUGGCAGGCCUCACUUCAGCGUAAUGGCAUUCAUCAGUGUGGGGCCACCUUGAUUAGUAAUAUGUGGCUCAUUACUGCAGCACACUGUUUUAAGAAAAGUGCAAAUCCACAGCAGUGGACUGUUAGCUUUGGAACAACAAUCAACCCUCCCUUAAUGAAAAGAAAUAUCAGAAGAAUUAUUGUCCAUGAGAGGUAUCAUUCCCCUGCAAGAGAAUAUGACAUUGCUGUUGUGCAGUUCUCUCCCAGAGUCCCCUUUACCGAUGACACUCGCUGGAUUUGUUUGCCAGAGGCCUCUGCAUCCUUCCAACUGAAUUCAACUGUCUAUAUCACAGGAUUUGGAGCACUUUUCUACGGUGGGGAAUCACAAAAUGAUCUUCGAGAAGCCAGACUGAAAAUCAUAAGUGAUGAUGUAUGCAAGCAACCACAUGUGUAUGGCAGUGAUCUAAAAUUUGGAAUGUUCUGUGCUGGAUAUUUGGAAGGAAUUUAUGAUGCCUGCAGGGGUGAUUCUGGCGGACCUUUAGUUGCAAAGGAUUUCAAAGAUACCUGGUAUCUCUUUGGAAUUGUGAGCUGGGGAGACAACUGUGGCCAAAAGAACAAACCUGGAGUAUACACAGAUGUGGCUUAUUACCGAAACUGGAUUGCUUCAAAAACGGGUCUCUAA